UCUUCUACAACACAGAACUUUCUUCGUUUCGGCCAAUCGGCGGACAUCGACAUCGUUUUCGACGGGGCUGAAAACCGGCAAAGUGCCGAUAUCAAAACCGAGGAUGGCAAAAAGGAUAAGUAUCUCCUUUACUACGACGGGGAAACCGUCAGUGGAAAGGUUAACAUAACACUGAAAAAGCCGGGCAAUAAACUGGAUCAUCAGGGCAUCAAAGUGGAACUGAUUGGUCAAAUCGAGCUUUAUUAUGACCGCGGGAAUCACCAUGAUUUCCUCAGCCUGGUUCGCGAGCUGGCUAGACCAGGAGAUCUCAUCCAGAACACAUCGUAUCCGUUCGAGUUUGCCAACGUCGAGAAACCAUACGAGGUGUACGCUGGGUCCAAUGUUCGUUUGAGGUACUUCCUUCGAGUAACGAUUGUUCGCCGUCUGAGCGACAUCAUUCGCGAAGUUGACAUUGCAGUGCACACGCUAUCCAGCUAUCCGGAUACCAACAGUCCCAUCAAGAUGGAAGUAGGCAUCGAGGACUGUCUGCAUAUAGAGUUCGAGUAUAACAAAAGCAAGUAUCAUCUGCAUGAUGUUAUCGUGGGAAAAAUCUAUUUCCUACUGGUGCGCAUCAAAAUCAAACACAUGGAAAUUGCUAUCAUCAAACGGGAACAGACAGGUUCUGGUCCAAACAUUUUCACCGAGAACGAAAUCAUCGCCAAGUAUGAAAUCAUGGAUGGUUCACCGGUGAAAGGUGAAAGCAUACCGAUCCGGGUGUUCCUCGCCGGAUAUGAUCUAACCCUUACGAUGCGUGAAAUCAACAAAAAGUUUUCUGUACGCUACUUCCUUAACUUGGUGCUGAUUGACACCGAGGAUCGACGAUACUUCAAGCAGCAAGAAAUCACACUUUGGCGCAAGGCGGACAAAACACGCAAAUCAUUAACGCCAUCUCAAGCGGCUGCGAUCGCAGCUGCUCAGGGUCAGCCGGGAGCUAUUGUGGCUCCUCAAGUUGGCGGUCAACUGCAACCUCAAGCCAAUGCUACGAAUCCCCACAUACCUCAUCAUCUGGUGGGGCAGGGACCGGUUCAUAAAGAACCAGUUGAUGAUUUGAGUUACAACAGCGGCGGUAAGAAUCUUGACGAAAACAAUCCGAUCAUGGGACUUUUCACGGAGGAUAGUUCGCAAUCAGACUUGCGACCAAAACCAGCCGUUCGGCAGCGAAAUGAUGACGCGAUCACGAACAGUGACGACAGCAGGUCUGCAGUGAAACCAAAUGAACUCGCUGUGACGACGGACGCUGCAGAUGAAGAAGCGCUACCCCAGUCACAACAACAUCUGCAUCGAGAAGCUGGCGAUGGAGCUGCGUCCAUUUCACACACAACGGACGAGGAAACUUCCUCGUUAUUCGACGCAAACGAUUUGAGCUUCAAUGCCAAUAACAAUACCAGCAGCACACCUACGGUUGCAGCCACAAUAGAAGAAGACACCUCGAAUGCAACGGAACCUGUUCCCGUGUCGGAAGCGAGCUCCAUCGCAGUAACGACAAAACCUGAAGCCGCUCCACGCGAAUCGAAACAGCAGAGACAGCUCGAAGAACCUCUGAUGGAAUAGGCACUCAUUCGAAUAUGUUCGUAAGUUAUAGGUACAGCCACUCACGAGCACCUAUGCAAAUUGAUCUUCUAGCAAAAAAACAUGCGACAACAACGGAAAGGAAUUUUUCUUAUUCGCAAAACAGGUUAAGUAUAUCCAGUAUACACUAAAACACUAGCCUUCAAACAGAUCAUUAAGAAACGUACUGCUUAUUAGUGAAACAAAGCAGAGUCGCACGAGCGGUGUGUAUUUUUUGAUUGUUUUUUUGAUGCGUAUGUGAGUCUUAGUUUGCUUCAGCACUACACGUUAUUAAUCAAAGGUUUACUAACGUUAGUAACAUGGAACUAUGAACCACUUUUUAAAUAGUAACAUAAAAGAAAAUGCAAUCAAAAACUAGCCACCGUUGUGCAAAGGAAGCACCAAUUUAGGAAAAAAAAUUAUUAAAGCAAUCUUCAACAGAAACUCCAUUCUCCGUAAAGUGUAACAUUUUGUAGCCUCCGGUAGGGUGGAGUACAUAUUAGUUUAAUAAACUGUGAACAACUGCGGUUGAAAGUAUUUACGAUCCAAAUAUGAUUGUGAUCAGAUUGAUGUGAAGUUGAGCUGUUGUAAUGGCUACGCGCAAUUCCAAGAAUAACGAUUUCUUCUAACUAUCUUCUCGACAAAUGAAAAAAUCCUGUUAUUGUUUUUUUUUUUGUUUUGUUCAACCUUUAUUUUUUGAGUCCAAAGUGGAAGUUAUGAAAACAAUGUGUUAAAUAGAAGAAGAUAAUACUUGAAGAUUUUAAGUGAAAUAUUUAACAAAAACAAAAACAGAUGUAUCAAAGGUAGUACUAAGUGAAACUAUCUAAAGUACUAAGUGAAACUACUUUUACUGCAUGCAAAAUUACGAUGAAAAGUUCGGUAAACAUAGAGACAUUGGUGGAUGCCUAGUAAAAAAAUACACCUGAAAGGCAUUCAAGGAGCGAACAUUAAGGGAAGAAAGGUAAUUGAGAUAAUUAACGGCAGAAUAUAUUACAUUGAAAAUAAACACGUUAUGUAUAUCUAAAAAAGCAAAAUACUAGCAAAA